AUGCUGUGUCUCCGCCUCACCACACUGCUUGUGCUGGUGCUGGGGGUCAGCCUGGGGGCUGCCUUUCCCCACAACACCCUGAGGAAGGGCUGCAGCCUGUUCAAGUACAAGCAAGUCACGUUCGAUGAGAAGAAGGCUGUGAAGAAGAUGCAGAAGGAGUUUCGCAACAUCAGGCAGCCGGGCCGCAACUGCGACACCGGGCUCUUGGAUCGGAAGUGGAUGUCGGCACACCUGUCGGUGCCCGACCGAGUGGUGCUGGUGGAAGCCGAGCUGAACUUCACCAUCACGAUGCUGCAGCUCUCCACCCACCCUGGCUUCACCAAGAUGCGCCAGCGGCCCCUGGCCUUCCUCGCCCAAGCCCGGGAGGAUCUGCGGGGCUGUGUGGCUCCCUCGCAUCAGCCCUCUGGGGAACUGAGCCAGUGGCUGCAGAACCUGCAGGUGGCCAUGAAUAUGAACACCGGCUGCCUGGAGGACUAUGCUGUCCGCCACGUCUUUGAAGUGCUGGAAGACCUGAACUGCGCUGCCCUCCAAGAGCAAUGCUCUUAGCACCCGCCACCGGCCCCAAAGGACACCCUGAGGACCGCGAAAAACAACUGCUAUUGCAUCACUGUACUGUACUUAAGCCUUUUUCUUACUCAUGUGAGCUCAGGGAACAAUUUUUUUUCACAGUCUUUUAAAUUAUUGGGGUUUAUUGUGUACUUAUAAAUGGCUCAGGAGGAGCUGAAGAAAUGCCCCUCCUGAAAGAAUGGC